AUGCCAAACGAAUUCAUUCUACAGUAAACUUCACACCCUGAAAAGAAAUUCAACUCAAAAACGUUAAUUGGUAAUUGGUAUGAGGAAAGAUGCGAACCAAAAUCAAAAUACUCAACCUUUUAUAAAGAAUAAAAAUUUGAGAAAAACUAAUAUAAUGUGAGCAAACUUACACAAGAAUCAUUUAUGAAGUGUUCAUAAAAUUGGGUAAACUUCUAAAAAAAUUAACAAAAUCAUUUCUAAACAACAAAUUAGUAACCAAAACAAUAAGAAUUCAAGAAUCCCAGAAACUAAUUUAGAACUUCAGAACUCAAGAAAUUUAUAAUUAAGAAAGGAGUCUUUGAAAAGAAUCCCUAAUAAAUGUCUGAUUACAGAAGUAAAUGGACUUCAGCACCUCAUUUCUUUGAUAGAACUUACCUUGGGCAAUAAAAAUGA